ACCGUACAUACAACCCUUGUUUCCGUCUCUGACAGUAAUUAAUAGGUAAAUAGACACCCAAUCUUCACAGUACAGCGAGAAAGUUAAAGAAAGUGAGGGCCUAGGGCUAUCGAGUGAUUAGAUCGGAAUGCAUUGAAGCCUACCGCCGAACCCCACCACACAUUAGUACAGAAUGGCAACUGGAUACAGGAAGACAAGUGUCACAAAUAGCCUAGUACAGUCAAGUAUCUUCUCUACACUAAAUAUUAUACCUGAACCUGACAACGGAGCCGUAGCUACAGCCAUGUCUAGCUCUACGUCUGAGCAAGAAGCCUACCCUAUCAAACCCAACAGAAGGGAGAGAACAAGCCAAACCAGGCUCAAUUUUCUGUCUAAGUCAGGAGCUGGUAGUGCCUCCUCUGGUCGUCAAGCCUCCAUUGAGAGCACUGCAUCUUCAGUAGGCAGUUUGAUCAGCCCUAUGAGUGGGGAUCUAAAAAAAACUAUUGGCCUGCAAAGUCGGGACUCACUUGUGUCACUACCGGGAGGGGACUUCGGUUGUGAAGAAGUCUUUCCUAUUCCUAAGAGCGCCACCAUAAGUGGUUUGGUGCCACGUCAUCCUACUGGCAACAGUCGGAGCCGUCCUAAAUCCCCUCUGUCCAAUCGCCACAGCAUUGGCCUCGAGGAAAUGCUCUCUGACUUAGACCAACAUGCACGAGAUACUGGGAGCAGAACAACACGAAUACUGUCUCAAGAAACAGCCGCCCUCGUGAACCAACCCAUCUCGUGGGAAGAGAAUGCAGACAGCAGCUGUCACAUAUGGCACGAGCACGACACAAGAGAAGCGUGUUAUCUCAGCGACUCUCAGUAUUGUCAGCAUUUGAAAGCAUUUCACCCGAGGAGGACAAAGCUGCGUUGCUCUGCUUGUAAAGUUGUGGCCCACACUACAUGCAUCAAGCAACUGCAUUCCGAUGGCAUUUACUGCAAGUACACUUUCAGAGAAAUCAGACAGAAAGUUAGAGAUUCCGUCAAGAACCAUCAUUUCCUAAACCGACGAAAAGCCGUUGGUCGAUGCAAAAAGUGCGAGAAAGGCUUCGGGAGUUGGAAAAAGCUGACUGGACGAGAGUUCAUUGGGGUCAGCUGCUCGUGGUGUGGAGAUAGCUACUGUAUGAUAUGCUUUGAUAAUAGACUGCGUAAAGAGCCGUGUCACAUGGGACCGUUGAGAAAUCUCAUUAUCCCUCCCUCCUGGAUCGUCAGAACACCCCCCGAGCUGCAAACACCACAAGCUUCUCCACACUUGAGUGAACUGACCUCACCAAAGAACUCUCGAAGAAAAACGAGAAGAAGUCGGAGGAGAAAAAUUGACGAGAGAGCGUCCAAGAACUUUAUCGUGAAAUCGUUUGUAGCCAAUCACAAACCUCUUCUCGUCUUUAUCAACCCCAAGAGCGGUGGGAAACAAGGAGCCAAGUUAUUGCACACUUUUCAAUGGCUGCUCAACCCUCGACAAGUGUUUGACCUGUCCCAGGGAGGACCUAAGUUUGGGCUCCAGUUCUUCCGUGGUGUCAGCAAUCUUCGUGUGCUCGCGUGUGGUGGCGACGGCACGGCCGGUUGGGUACUCUCCAUUCUAGAUCAGAUGGACAUACAACCGUCGCUGCCUCUGGGUAUACUGCCUCUGGGCACAGGGAACGAUCUCGCGAGGGUGCUCAAGUGGGGAGGGGGCUAUACUGACGAACCUAUUGACAAGAUCCUGAAGCAUGUGGAGGAGGGGCCAGUGGUGGAGAUGGAUCGCUGGCACCUGGGGGUGUGGCCUAACCCUAAUCUGCCUCCUGAGCAGAUGGUGGACACUGACGCUGUGGGGGAUGUCCCUCUCCAUGUCAUCAACAACUACUUUAGUAUCGGAGCCGACGCCCACGUUGUGUUAGAGUUCCAUCUGGAAAGAGAGGCCAAUCCUGAAAAGCUGAACAGUCGGUUGAAGAACAAGGUCUUCUAUACCAAGAGAGGUGGUAGAGAUGUCUUUCUGAGACGCUUCCACAACAUGACCGAUCACAUCCAGCUCUGGGGUGAUGGCGAGGACCUGACGCCCAAGAUAAGAGCGCUCAAACUGGAGGCCAUUUGUCUGCUCAAUAUUCCCUCGUACAGUGCAGGGACUAACCCGUGGGGCACACCCCCCUUUAGAGAUCAGAGAAUUGAAGCUCAGAAAAUGGACGAUGGGAGGAUUGAAGUGUUGGGAUUCUGGGCAGCCACUCUUGCCAAGCUGCACAUUGGACUGGCCCACGGGGAACGAUUAGCUCAAUGUCAACAUGUCAAGAUCAUGACCACCAAGGCUCUACCGGUGCAGAUAGACGGAGAGGCUUGCAAGCUCCUCCCAUCUGCGAUUGAAGUGGUCCUGAAAAACAAGGUUCCCAUGGUAACCAAGGCCCGGAGAAAGUUGAAUGUCGACACUCCACUUCAAGGUGUUGUGGAUCGUAUCAAGCUCUCUGUUUCUAAGGUCACCUCUGAGCAGUACGACAGGUUUCGCUCGGACGUCCCCGAGCUAAAGAGGAUUGCCAAGUCGGUUGGUAUAGUCCACGGGAGUCCGCGGGAUUGUCUGCGGACGGUACGAGCUGAGGUGAACCUGUUCACUAACGAUCUGAACGAGGACGGGGAGGAAGAGCUGGCAAAGAACUGGCGAUUCUUAGACAUUGCGAUGACUGGGAGAGUGGAGCGCAUGUUCCAGGUGUUACCCGACCAAGAAGAGGCGAUGUACAUCGGUGAUAUGUUCUCUGAUGGUCUAUUUGUUGUUGAGUUGUCUUCUCAAUCACCCAUGACAAGCACUGAUCCUAACCCCACCAUUCUGCUCUCUCCAGACAUGGAGCAGGCAAGAUGUUUGGAAAGUGCUGAAGACAAACGAAAAGCUUUUGGCAGGAACCCUUCAUAUGAGCUGGCGACCGAAGAGCAACGUGUGAGCAGUAGGUCCCCUAGCAACAGUCCGGUACGCAUCCCGGCAGCUGCUCUCGAGGUUCCCGUUAGCAACGACAUCCCCAGCACCUCCAGCGAAGGAACACCAGCACCGUCAGAUGAUGAACUGGGCAUUCUCCGCUGCACCAUUGUCCCUGACACAGACUCUGGUGAGACGGACGCUCACGCCUACGGACCUAGUAGUGUUCAGAAGGCGCUCUUUGAUGCCGUCAAAAGGGGUAAAAUUGCUGAGGUUGAGGAGCACCACGGUAAGGGAGCCAAGCUGACUGCGACUGACUCAAAUGGUUGGACUCCUCUCCAUCACGCUGCUCGACUGGAGAAGAAGGAAGCGGUCCAGUACAUUGUGGAUAAUGUGAGCAAAGCUUCCCUGGACAUUGCAGAAGAUGAAAAAAAUCAGACUGCCCUCCAUAAAGCGGCCUGGUUUGGGUAUGUGGACAUCUGCAGGAUUCUAGUGGAGGCAGGGGCUUCCCUCAACAGACGAGACUAUCAGGGUAACACUCCGUACGACAAGGCUGUGCAGAGUGGCGACGCAGAGUUGAAGAUGUACCUCAAACGUAAAGAGUCGGAACAAAAAUGGAAUGUCGAUGAAGUUGCAAUUUAAAUAUUCUCAGGCUACAGACGUGACGUGUAUAGAAAUGCUAGUUAGAGUAACAAUAUUUUUUGAAAGUACCUCUACUGAAUUAAUACGUACAAUAUAUAUCAAGUUUUCCAACACUGUUUCUUUUUAAUCUUUUACUUACCGUUUAUCAAAUUGAGUUUUGUUUUAAAUUUUAAUUUGUCAUGCAAAGUUAUACAUGUACUGCGUGCUG